GUGGGAGUGGCCAGCUCCUAGCAGGAGGAGGAGGCUGGGCCGUAGCAGCGGAACUGAGCCCGACUGGUGUCGUCGCUGACACGCUGAUAGAAAGUUGUCCGAGAGGAUCCUGGAAAGAUGUCCGACGAAGAGCAGCAAGAGCAGACCAUCGCCGAAGACCUGGUGGUCACCAAGUACAAGAUGGGGGGUGACAUCGCCAACCAGGCGUUGCGUACCGUGGUGGAGGCGGCCAAGCCGGGGGUCUCGGUGCUCAGCCUGUGCGAGAAGGGAGAUGCCCACAUCAUGGCGGAGACUGGAAAGAUCUUCAAGAAGGAGAAGGAAAUGAAGAAAGGCAUCGCCUUCCCCACCAGUGUCUCGGUUAACAACUGUGUGUGCCACUUCUCUCCCUUGAAGAGUGACCCUGACUACACACUGAAGGAGGGGGAUCUGGUCAAAAUUGAUCUCGGGGUCCAUGUCGAUGGUUUCAUCUCUAAUGUGGCUCACAGCUUUGUCGUUGGAGCGACGAAGGAUGCUCCAGUGACGGGAAGGAAAGCGGACGUUAUCAAGGCUGCCCACCUCUGCGCGGAAGCUGCUCUGCGUCUCGUCAAGCCUGGAAACCAGAACACACAAGUGACAGAGGCCUGGAACAAGGUUGCUCAGUCAUUCAAGUGCACCCCCAUUGAAGGAAUGCUCUCCCAUCAGUUGAAGCAACACGUCAUUGAUGGAGAGAAAACCAUCAUUCAGAAUCCUACAGACCAGCAGAGGAAGGACCAUGAGAAGGCGGAGUUUGAGGUCCAUGAAGUGUAUGCUGUUGAUGUGCUCGUCAGCACCGGGGAGGGAAAGGCGAGGGAUAGUGGACAGAGAACCACCAUCUACAAGCGGGACCCCAGCAAGCAGUAUGGCCUGAAGAUGAAGACAUCCCGCAUCUUCUUCAGUGAGGUGGAGCGACGCUUUGACGCUAUGCCCUUCACUCUUCGGGCGUUUGAGGACGAGGCCAAGGCUCGGCUCGGCGUGGUCGAGUGCGCCAAGCACGAGCUGCUGCAGCCCUUCAGCGUGCUGCACGAGAAGGAGGGGGAGUACGUGGCCCAGUUCAAAUACACAGUGCUGCUGAUGCCCAACGGGCCCAUGCGGAUCACCAGCGGGCCCUUCGAACCCGAGCUCUACAAAUCGGAACAUGAGGUGCAGGACCCUGAGCUCAAGGCGCUGCUGCAGAGCUCGGCCAGUCGGAAGACACAGAAGAAAAAGAAAAAGAAGGCUUCCAAGAACGCAGAGAAUGCUACUGGGCAACCGGUUGAAGAGAAUGAGGCUGCGUAGUGGACAGCGUCCUUGUUCCACACUGUGCAAACACACACACACGCACGCGCACACACACGUACUUCCCAAAGAAGAAACUUAAGAGAGUGUAACCUGCCCCCGUUGCAAAGUAUUGAGUGUUUUCGCCCCAACCGCAUUUCUUAGUUCACUGCUCCAUAUUUCAGCUAGACACAGAUUGGGUCCAGAUCCUUUCCAGUUCCCCUUUAUCUGACUGAAAAAGAACCUUAUGACAGGUUUUGUAUCCUUGUCUAGUUCUGCAGUUCCGCUGGAUGUAAAGCAAUCAGUGUCCGGUGGCUCUCCUUCCCCUGCUCUUGCCUUUAGAGUUACACAGACCCCCCCUCCCCCUUGUAAUACCGUAUUUUCUACUCCUUCAUAGGUGUGUUGCUCUUAGAGUCAAUUAAAAUAUAAAAGGUUAAGCAUAUUUGUUUCAGUCAUGAAAUUUUAAGAAUUUAUAAUACAGGACGCAGUGCCUGUAACUUUCAGUAACAUGGAUCCUUUACUGAAUGCUGAUGUCUUAGGCUAACAUGGUUGUGGUGUGUGAUCUACCUUCCCUGAAAGUGUAGUUUGAAGUAAAGGGGGCGUGUUGGUUGAAACCCACUUGUUGUCCUCUAGCUGAGGACACAACUCCUGCAGAGAUGCCCCCUGUGAGGUUGGACUGUUGGAACUACCCCCUCGCCGCUCGGCCAUGGCCAUUCCGCUUGGAUUCUCCUUUAAUCUUGUCUGGGGAAAACCUGAUGACAACUUUAAUAAAAUACAUUAGUUCUUGUAUUUUUUGUGAAAGGAAUACCUCACUUUACAUGACUGAUGCUCUUAUUCAAUAUAAGUAUAAAGCGUUUGAUUUUGAGAAAUGCUCAUUUUUUUGGACAAAAACUGCAUUUGUCAAUGAUGGUAUGUGAAAAUAUGGGGUUUUGUUUUCUUCUGUCUAAUAGCAAAGCAGGCUGUUUUAUGUUGUCACACCACAAAUAUACUUGUUUAAAAAAAAAAAAAAAAAGUGGUGAACUAAUAAUGAGAAG